UUCACCGCGUCGGCCGAUGACGAGCACGCGCCUCACAAUCUCGCGCGCGCUCCCGGCGCUCUGUCCUCCUCUCCAGAGCGCGCUCGGCGCGUCCGUCGGAUCCGUUCAGAGAGAACGCGCGGGAUGCAGCGGAACGGCGCGGAGCGAACCGGAGGAGCCUUCGAGCCGCUCGCCUUCAUCCAGCAGCCGCACACCGGCCUCCGGAUCGUGUCUUGGAUCUUCUCGUUAGUGAUCUUCGGCUCUGUCUCUAACGAGGGCUACAUCAACCGGCCCGAUGAGGUCCAGCGGUUCUGCAUCUUUAACCGGAGCCGGAGCGCCUGUAACCUCGCGGUGGGCAUGGGCUCGCUGGCCUUCCUCUGCUGCACGGCCUUCCUGGCCUUAGACGCCUACUUCCCUCGAAUCAGCGGCGUCCGAGAGCGCAAGAGAGCCGUUCUGACUGACCUGGCAACCUCAGUGUUCUGGUGCUUGCUGUGGUUCGUGGGCUUCUGUUUCUUGGCCAAUCAGUGGCGGGUUGCCAGAACCGAGGAUAACCCCCUGGGGUCGGGUGGAGACGCGGCGCGGGCCGCCAUCACCUUCUCCUUCUUCUCCGUCUUCAGCUGGGGAGCUCUCGCGCUCGUCACUCGGGAGAGACUCAGACGUGUGUGUUUUGAAGAGGAGUACGAGGAGCUCUUCACACAGCCGCCGCCCGACACGCACACACACACACACGCGUGAACGAACGCUCUCCUGAGUGUGUGUGAGAUGCUGAGUUGAUGUCAGGUUAUCAGUCCUGAGCAGAAGAAGUGUGCUCCCGAACCAAACAGGAUGUUCAAGGAAACCUAACGAAAGUCAUGGACUACAACACUGCCAUCUUCUGUCUUCUCUAGAAACCCAACUCUGACGCUGAAUACAGAAAUAAAAAUUCAUUUUUCAUUUUUUUUUACUUUUUAUCUCAUAUUUCUGACUUUUUUUUUCAUAGAACAGCUUGAUACAGACUCACAAUUCUGCCUUUUUUUAAUUUUUAUUUUUAAGAUAUUAAGUCAGAAUUGCGAGAUAUAAAGUAGAAUAAUUUUUCUUCCCGCUGUUUACUUUAGUCCGAUUGGACUUUAUAUCUCACAAGAGAAAAAAGUCUGUUUUAUGAUGCAAUACUUAGAACAAAAAGAACUGUAUUUUUAUUCAGUGGCGGCAGCAGGGGUCAAAGGUCAGCGGGGUCAGCACCGGACCGGCCUCAUGAGUUUAAAUCAAGUUUCAGCUGCUUGCACACAUCUUCUGAACAUCUUAGAUGAACAUCCAUGUAACGUUCUGUUUAUGAUGAAUAAAUCGAUGCUAAUGUAUUUUAAAGCACUA